UUUCUUGGAAAAUUGUUAAAACUUCAUCAAUCAUGGCUCACGAUUCUAAACGUGUUACCACAAAUUUGACCACAAUGUAUGGCAGGAUUGCACCGUCGGGGAAUCAUGAGAAGAUUAAAAUUUAUUUCUGCACUGACCUCGACAAAUCCGUGCUGAUAAAUAAUUUUGAAAAACGGGGAUGGGUUCAAGUGGCUGCAGAUGAUGAUUGGAACUUUUACUGGGCAGGAACUCAGACCUGUAGGAAUAUCUUCAGCGUUGAUAGUGGCUAUCGUAUGCACGAUAAUCAAAUCAUCAAUCAUUUUCCUAAUCAUUAUGAACUUUCUCGGAAGGAUCUCCUCGUGAAGAAUAUCAAAAGGUACAGGAAGGACUUGGAGAGGGAUGGAAGUCCCCUGGCUGAGAAGACAGAGACUAAUCAAUCAGGAGGAACCAAGUAUCUGUACUUGGACUUUAUUCCUGUAACAUUUGUCCUUCCUGCUGAUUACAACAUGUUUGUGGAGGAAUACAGAAAAAAUCCUUCCAGCACAUGGAUCAUGAAGCCUUGCGGAAAGUCUCAAGGAGCUGGAAUAUUUCUGAUAAAUAAACUUUCGAAAUUGAAAAAAUGGUCCCGAGAAGCUAAAACAGCAUUUCAUCCGCAAAUUGGAAAAGAAAGUUACGUGAUAUCGCGCUAUAUUGAUAAUCCACUGCUAAUCGGUGGGAAGAAAUUUGAUCUGCGUCUCUAUGUGCUCGUUACAUCAUUUCGUCCCCUGAAGGCGUAUCAAUUCAAAUUGGGCUUUUGUCGCUUCUGUACCGUCAAGUAUGACACCAGUGUCACCGAACUGGACAAUAUGUACGUCCACCUGACCAAUGUGAGUGUGCAGAAGCAUGGGGGUGAGUACAAUAAUCUCCAUGGUGGCAAAUGGAGUGUCCAGAACUUGAGGCUCUAUUUGGAGGGAACUCGCGGCAAAGAGGUGACGGAUAAAUUAUUUGGAUCCAUUACUUGGUUAAUUGUGCACUCAUUGAGAGCUGUGUCUCCUGUUAUGGCGAGUGAUAGGCAUUGCUUUGAGUGCUACGGUUAUGAUAUCAUCAUUGAUAACACCCUCAAACCCUGGCUGGUAGAAGUUAAUGCAUCACCAUCGUUGACGUCAACAACGGUUAACGACAGGAUUCUCAAAUAUAAACUCAUCGAUAACAUCCUUUCCGUUGUAUUGCCACCUGAUGGAGUCCCAGAUGUUCGCUGGAAUAAAAUUCCCAGUCAAGAGGCUUUGGGAAAUUUUGAAUUGCUAUUGGAUGAGGAGAUUGCAGCUCAAGAUGAAAACUCGUCAAUUGUCAGCAAGAAACAUAACGGAAAUCGCUGGAAAUGACCGUAAAGUCACUCGAAAGAUCUUCAACCAACAACACGCACUAACUUUUACUUGUUCAAAAUUUAUCUUGGGAUUGGAAGAAGUGCACAGAAAAGGUAUAAAUCAUCAGCUGCUCAUCAAUCAAGUGGGAGGCUUAGUGCACUUAAUGGUAAAUGGUUAAAUGGACAAAAAAUUGCAUUAUUUUGAGAUAGACUGUGCGGUGAGUGUCGUUCAAUGCUUUGGAGGAGAGAUAAAAUGACUCUUGUCAAUGGGA